CCUCCUGUCUCAAAGUGCUGUAAUUUUCUUCAACCACCGGAAAUUUGACUCAGGAGAGGAAUGCAGGACCCGUAGCCAGUUAUAGUAUACAACUUCUAUCAGCAGCAACCCAGUCAGACCAUGGCUGGCUUCAGACAAGAGGAUGUGGAGGCGUUCUAUGAUAUGGGGGAGGAGCUGGGGAGUGGACAAUUCGCCAUCGUACGGAAGUGUAAAGACAAGAGUUCUGGCUCGGAGUACGCCGCCAAGUUAAUCAAGAAGCGUCGCCUGUCGUCCAGCCGCCGGGGCGUGAGCCGCGAGGAGAUCGAGAGGGAGGUGAACAUUCUGAGAGAGAUCCAGCACAGCAACAUCAUCACGCUGCACGACAUCUUCGAGAACAAGACGGACGUCAUCCUCAUCCUGGAGCUAGUGUCUGGAGGGGAACUAUUUGACUUCCUGGCAGAGAAGGAGUCUCUAACAGAGGAGGAGGCCACACAGUUCCUCAAACAGAUCCUGGACGGGGUCCACUAUCUACACUCCAAACGCAUCGCUCACUUUGACCUGAAGCCAGAGAACAUCAUGCUGCUUGAUAAGAACGUUCCCAACCCCAGGAUCAAACUCAUCGACUUUGGCAUCGCUCAUCAGAUCAAAGCUGGAAAUGAGUUUAAGAAUAUCUUUGGAACGCCAGAGUUUGUUGCUCCAGAGAUAGUCAACUAUGAACCCCUCGGACUGGAGGCUGACAUGUGGAGUAUUGGAGUUAUCACAUACAUUCUUUUGAGUGGUGCCUCUCCGUUCCUGGGGGAGACCAAGCAGGAGACUCUGACCAACAUCUCUGCUGUCAACUAUGACUUUGACGAGGAGUACUUCAGCAAUACCAGUGAGCUGGCCAAGGACUUCAUCAGACGCCUGCUGGUCAAGGAUCCCAAGAAGAGGAUGACCAUCGAUGACAGCCUUCAGCAUCCCUGGAUCAAGGUGAUCAAGAGGCGGAACGUGCGCCAGGAGGAGAGCGGGAAGAAGCCGGAGCGCAGGCGUCUGAAGACCACGCGUCUAAAGGAGUACACUAUCAAGUCUCACUCCUCCAUGCCCCCCAACAACACCUACGUCAACUUCGAACGCUUCUCCCAGGUGCUGGAGGAGAUCGCUGCUGCUGAGGAGGGGCUGAGAGACCUGGAACAAAACCAGAGGUCGUGCCGGGAGGACGUGGCUGCUCUCCUGUCUAUCUACGAGGAGAAGGAGGGCUGGUACAAGGAAGAGAACCAGAGCAUCGCCAGCGACCUGGGUCACAUCCGCCAGGAGCUGCAGCGUACCCAGGCCCAGCGCAGGCAGAGUCAGGAGGACGCCCGCGCCACCAUGCUGGCUGCUAACGCCCUCAAGAGGAAGUUUGGCCGUCUGGAGAACCGUUACGAGGUCCUGGCAGAACAGGUGGCGUCUGAGGUGCACUGGGUGGAGGAGCUGGUCAGGGGGAUAGAGAAGGAGAAGGACAGCCUCGUCAUGCCCUGAGGCCAGCCUGGCUACUAGUAUCACUGACCUGGUCAUGCCCCGAGGCCAGCCUGGCUUCUAGUAUCACUGACCUGGUCAUGCCCCGAGGCCAGCCUGGCUUCUAGUAUCACUGACCUGGUCAUGCCCCGAGGCCAGCCUGGCUUCUAGUAUCACUGACCUGGUCAUGCCUCGAGGCCAGUCUGGUUUGGUACAGACAACGGUCUUAUAUACCAGCUGUCAUUAGAUUCAGAACAAAGGCCCGGAGUUUUUCUGGUGAGGGAAAACUCUGGCCCCUGAUCAUAAGCCAUGAUGCUAACCCCUCAGACAUUUGAUUAGGAAAAAUGAUCCCCCCUCCCCAUCUUCCCUUUCUAAUGAGACUACCAACGAUGUAUAGAGUCCCUCCCUACUAUGAAUACAUUUAAUCAACAAAAUAUGUGUUUAAAGAAUGUCCAUUCCAGUAUUUUCUCAAUUAUUUCAUAACGUUGAAAAUGGUAAAGAUUGUGAUUCAUUUUUGCAGUAUAUUUGGUUAAGAUGGUGAUACAUACAUACAGGAAGGUUUUCUGCACCUGCAAUAAUUUUCCUAUAGUUUUUAGCCCCAUACUUAAAGGGAUAUUUAUCAUUAACAGCUGACUAUGAUUAACCAAUAAGGCCCGGGGGGGUGUGGUAUACGGCCAGUAUACCGUGGCUAAGGGCUGUUCUUAGACACGAUGCAACGCGGAGUGCCUGGACACAGUCCUUAGCCGUGGUAUA